AUGCAGUCCAAAGUCCACAAUGCAACGAGUGCGGCGCCCGACGUGGACCGAGUUAUUGAGGAUUCUAAGAAAACUCCAUUUUCGCCGCAAAUCUCAAUGGCUCGGCUUAAAGAUACCCGCAAAGUCAAGUUCCAAAGCUACAAAGGGAAAGGGGACCCCAAGGUUCACCUCCAGACCUUUUUGCUCAUGGCAAGUCGGGUGGAUUUCGAACCACACGAAGAAGAUGCCGGGUACUGUAAACUGUUCGCAGAAACUCUCCAGGGACCAGCUCUCCGUUGGUUCGCGUCGCUGGGUGAGGGUUCGGUCGACGACUUCACCCAGUUCUCAACCACUUUCAUCAAGCAGUACUCCAGCUUUAUUAGGGUAGGAGUUACAUACGCCCAGCUAUGGAAUCUCAGUCAGGGACCCAACGACUCACUCCACUCAUACGUAGAUAAAUUCAAGGAGAUAAUGGUGCAAAUAUCGGGGUUCUCCGACUCCGCUGCCUUGUCGGCCCUUAAGAACGGGCUCUGGCACGAGUCUCGAUUCAGAGAGGAACUGACAGUCAAUAGGCCCUCUAACAUUCAGGACGCCCUACACCGAGCUUCGAACUGGAUCGCUGCGGAGGAGGACAAGGCAUCCCUGGCAAAGAAAUACAAAGUUGCGCCCAAGGCGAACUUUGACCCGAACCCGAGGAAAGGGCCGCGACCUGGAGCGGCGACGUUCGCGGUCGACAAGGAACAGAAGGGCGGGGCGAGGAAAACUGCUAGUGCCCCCCGCCCUAGGAAUGGGGCUUUUCCGAACAACAAGUGGGUCCACGAACAGCCCAAGGAUGAGGACUCGUACUACGAGCUCCAUAAAGUAGGGGGCACGCGACCAGGAAUUGCAAGAAGCUCAUGCACUUGCUCGCGGAACGGUUCAUUAGUGGGGGGAUGCCAGAAAUAA